UGACUUGAAAAUUUUGCAAUUUGUAAUUCGAAAGUUAAAGCCCCUGCAUAACACGGCCAAAUAACACCUCCGAAUUCGUACGUGUCAAAAAAGUCCAAAUAUACUGUCCGAGACUGAACAUCAUGGCACAGCUGGCAAGCCGCUACUCUACUCUUUUAUGCUCAUCAUCAAGAUUGGCUAGCGCGCGCAUUGCCCUUGCUCCGUUAGCUAGCCGGUCAAGAUGGCUGGCAACAGAAUCUGUAUCGUCGUCUCCAACGGCUCCUCCGCCAAGUGACCCCAGAAUUGGCCGCAUAGUAGACGACAUCUCUGGACUAACACUGCUUCAGGCAGCUGAUCUCGUCACGCUCUUGAAGUCACGGCUAAAUAUUCAAGAAAUUGCUAUGCCCGCUGCUUCAGCCGCCGCGCCCACCGCUGCCGCCCCGGCUGAAGAAGCAGCAGUGGAGGAGAAACCAAAGGAGAAGACUAUCUUCAAUUUGAAACUUCAGUCCUUCGAUGCCGCUGCGAAGCCCAAGAUCAUUCGUGAGGUCAAGGCCCUGAUCCCGAACCUUACGCUCAUCGACGCGAAGAAGUUCGUGGAGUCUGUACCACAGGUUCUCAAGGAAAAUAUGCCCAAAGAAGACGCGGACAAACUAAAAGAGGUUCUAGAAAAACUGGGGGCAGUAGUUGUGCUUGAGUAGAUCAUCCAGUCUUGUGUAUAGAGCAUGUUCAGGUUAUAAUCCAUUCACUAUAAUUAAGGAAUAGGGUUGCAGGUGUGUUGCA